AUGUGUACAGGAAAGUGCUCCAAGUUUAUUGGCAUCUGCCUUUAUCCGCUGGCACUGCUGUCCAUCAUCUGCAACAUUUUUCUGUUCUUCCCUGAUUUUAAAACCAUUUAUUCCCAGGAGGCAGCAGAGGGACUCUACCGUCUUACAGAUGAGAUCAAAUUCAUGGGAGGCGUUGUUGGAGGAGGCGUCUUGGUGUUGAUCCCUGCGAUCCACAUUCAUAGCACUGGGAGACAAGGCUGUUGUGCAAACCGCUGUGGGAUGUUCCUGUCCAUUAUCUUCGCUGCAGUUGGUGUGGCUGGUGCCCUGUACAGUGGCACUAUAGCUGUGGUUGGACUGAUUCGUGGACCAGUUUGCAGAGUUGAAGGUGGUGCAUGGAGCAGACCAUUCCUAAACAGCACUGAAAGCUAUUUGGGAGAUUCUGACCUUUGGGACAUUUGCAAAGAACCAGAAAAUAUUGUGGAGUUCAAUAUUGGCCUGUUUUCUGCUCUGCUGGUGGCUGCUUGUUUAGAACUGCUGCUCUGUGGAUUCCAGGUGCUCAACGGCCUCUUUGGCUGCAUCUGUGGUACAUGCAGUCACAAAGAGGUGGCAUAAGUUCAAAAUGACAACAGACCGGAUAACACAGGAUCAAGAUUUAUUACCGGACACGUAUCAGUCUUCAUUACCGAUCAGUGACCCCCCC